GGCGGAUGAUCCCAGCUUCCCUGGCUAUACGUUCGACCAAUUGAAGACCUUCACGAAGGCUCUAGCAUGCGGGAUGCGGGAGACUGAGGGCAAACAGGUUGUUCUAUAUGGCUUAUGGAACUACAACUUCUAUAUCGCGCUACUAGGAUCCUUGGGGGCUGGAGCAGUCUUUUACAACUCCCCGCCUCUCCACAUGGGCGGGUCGGUGUCUAGACUUGAAUCUCUCAAGCCCGAGUAUCUGUUCGUUGGCCCAGAAAGUCUGGAGGAUAUCCCCGAUAUUCUGUCACAGAUGGCUCAUCCCCCACAGCAUGUGUAUGUGGUGGAUACCUCCACACACAAGGGAGACGCCAAGUACAGAUAUGAGCAUUGGAGCUCUCUAUUCGAUUUCAACGAGGGGUUUUCGUGGCCGAAAAUAUGUGACCAACGUCUGAAGACCGCACCAGCAUUGGUCAUUAGUACAUCAGGGUCUACUGGCAGCCCAAAACUUGCAGAACGAACACAUUAUGGCCUCAUUGGGAACACAGAGCAGUUGAUCUAUCGCUAUAACCUGAAAAGGAGAGAGAAAGAACGCUGGCUCUGCAAUUUUGUUCCCUAUGGUGUCGGGUUCCUUUUGUACGGAAUUCUCGCUCCUCUCAAGGCCAGGUAUGGGACUAUUUUCAUGAGAGGGUUUUCCGUGGAAAGGUAUGCAAAGGCAGUUGAACAGUUGCGGCCCACAGCCUUGCAUUCACCGAAGCACAUCCUGCAAGAAUUGCUUGCUCACACGGAUGGCGCCGACUUCUCCAGUGUGACAAGCAUGCGAACUGGAGGUGCUUAUAUUCCAUACGCCAUGUGUGAUGCGUGGCAGAAGCUACAUGGGUCCACCUGUGAGGUUGUCUGUGGGAUGACCGAGGGCGGAAUUCAUUUUGCAUCUGAUCCAACCGUGCCGGAGACUGAUGAAACAAUCGGAGAACUUCUGCCCAACCUUGAAGCAAAAGUGGUUGAUAACAAAGGUAGGGUUCUGGCAAAAAAUGAGAUUGGGGAAAUAUAUAUCAAAAACCCCUUUUGCAUGAGGAGAUAUCGCAACAACCCAGAAGAAACGAAGGAAGUUUUCAGCGAUGAUGGAUGGAUCAAGACAGGUGACUUAGGGAAGGUGAAUGAAAAGAACAGAUGGUAUAUUUGCGGGCGAAAGAAGGACCUUUUCAAAGUGAACGGCGGACACGUCUCAGCAAUCCUGAUUGAACAGGCUAUUUCAGUCCAUCCGGAAAUCUCGGAAGUGGUGGUUGUCCCCGUCGUGCUUCCGAAUGAAGGCGAAUUCAUCCCACGUGCCUACAUCGUCACGGAGCAGAAUUCCUCGCUUACACCGGAUCUGUUCUUGGAGUGGAUGGAAAGGGAAGUACCCUCUGAAAUGCAUGCACGGGCUGGCGUGGAGUUCCUAGACGCUCUCCCCAUCUCUGUGGCUGGUAAAGUGGACCGUAACUCCCUCCGACGCAAAGCCAAUUCCGGACCGCAACGGGCUUGGUUGUCCGCAUUGUCUAGAAGCUGGGAGAACCCACAUUGCAAGCCUAGCCCGUUGCUGAUCAAAUAG